UUUUUUUUUUUUUCCUGCUCAUCGUUUUUUUUCUCUUUUAUAUUUAAAAUAUAUAUUUACAUAUAUAAAAUAUAUCUAUUUAUCGGAACUCAUUUUUCUUAACGACACUUGCUAACGUCAUAAAAAAAAGAAAAAGAGAAAUUUGAUAUUUAUUUCGGAAACCAAAAAAAAAACAACCACAAUAUAUACAUAUAUAUAUAUUAAAAAAUAAAAUAUGGCACGAAAUUUCAUAAUUUCGUUUUUGGUUUUACUCUUUAUUAUAACAUUCACAAAUUCAAUCCCACUGGAUGAAAGGUCGAUAUCUCACAGGGGAGAAUCAUCAAUAGUUAAGCGACAAGAUAGUCCACCAUAUUAUGUAUUACAUGCUUUUUUCGAACCAGAAUUUGAUCCUUUUGGUGAGGUUGGCGAAUAUGUAACAGGAACAUUUACUUUUACUCUAAUGAAUGACGGUGGAAUUAGAGUGAUUGGUCAAUGUAAUACUGGUUUUACUGAUCCAGAUCCAAGCGUUUACUCUAUUAUAAUUGUAAGAAGACCUGUGUGUCCUACAUAUAUUUCACAUUUGGACUUGACACCAUUUUUACAAUAUUAUAUUAAUGUUCCUGGAACUUCUGGUUUUCAACAUGAUUUUUAUAAUACCUUCACUUUAGAAGAAAUUCAUCAUAUGUUUGUAGUAGUUAAAAUGGGUGCUACUCCAAUAGGUGCUGCCUACAUUCAAGCUGUUGGGGAGGAUUAGUGUUUAAUAAUAUAAGUAAAUAUUAAUAAGAAUUAAGGGAGAAUUAUGU